UAUCUUGUUUCAUGUUUCUGUGGUUCAUUGAAUAGGUUUUGAAUAUGGAUAAAGCAUUGCAGCAAUUUGGCAUGAAACGGGCAUUAGUUGUUCACUCAGAGGGCUUGGAUGAGAUGAGCCCCCUUGGACCUGGGCUAAUCCUUGAUGUUACACCAGAAAAGAUUGAGAAAUUCUCAUUUGAUCCAUUGGACUUUGGGAUUCCUCGGUGUACCCUGGAUGACUUGCAAGGUGGAGGCCCAGAGUAUAAUGCCGAGGCACUAAAGGGCGUAUUGUCAGGGGAGAAAAGUUCAAUUGCAGAUGCAUUUGUAAGUAUCUCCUUAAUUCUUAUGACAAAGCACUAGUGCCUUAAGUUUUUUUGAGAACAUAAUU